CUGCGCCCUGAAACAGUUGAAAACUUGGACUGGGAGGAUCACCAUGCCUCGGAUUGUAUCUCCUCGACUGUCCGCUUUGAACAACUUGUUGCGCAGCUGCUAUUUCUAGUCCGCUCUGCUGCCGCGUACCGGAGCGGGACAGGGGCUGCUGUCAUGAUUUAACAGGAAAGACGGGCGCUUUUUGCAGGAUAUUGUGCGUAGGCAGUGUUGAUGCUUUUGUGUAGGGAGGCGGGUGAUAUAUCAACGACUUUUCUCCUAAUUUUUUUUUGUAAUGCGAGUUUCAUGAUGCGGGGUUUACACCGUGUCGUGGCACUUCAUUUUUUCCCCUCCACAUCAAGCCGUAUCAGUUUAAUGAAGCGCUUCAGGCUGUGGUGACUUUUUGAGCUCCAUUAAUAUGACCUCAGAGAGAGGGGAUGCGAGCCAUGAGCUGGACGCGUCCUCUCCACAGACAUGACUGGAGCCACAGCCUCUUCUACCUGACCUUACUGCUGUGGACCAGGCGCAUGGACGGGCUGGCCGACUUCUCAAAAUACCUGUCCAGAAUCAUCACCAGCCAUUCUGCCCAGGCAUGUGAUGGGCAGCCUCUGCGUCUCCACUGCCCUCGCCACUCCACCAUCUCCAUCCAGUCGGCCUUCUACGGGAGCGGUGGGUCACAGCUAUGCGGUGCAGACCCUGACCUGCUGCCCGGAGCACAGAACCACAGCUGUUCAGCUUUUACUGCUCUGCAGAAGCUGCUGUCAGAGUGCCAGAGCCACAGAGAUUGCCAAAUGCCUGUCAACCACCUGCUUUUUGGGAGGGACCCCUGUCCCGGGACCACCAAAUACCUCCACGUGGAUUACAAGUGUAAACCCACUGAACACAAAAGACAUGUGGUGUGUGAGGGAGAGACGAUGGUGCUGCGCUGUAAGCCCCCCAGGGUGCUGAACAUCUAUGCAGCUGUCUAUGGGAGAGGUCUGGCCGAGCCUGACAUCUGCCCCUCGCACCUGACGAGACCACCCCCGUUUGAGUGUUUGAACCAUGAGGCUGUACACGUGGUGUCCCGGUCCUGCUACAGCAAACAGAGGUGUGUUGUUGCCGUCAGCAACCAGACCUUUAGGGACCCCUGCUUCCCAGGAACCAGGAAGUACCUCACUGUGCUCUUUGCUUGUGUGCCACAGACUCUUCUUAGAGAGGCAGAUCCAGGCAUAUUCAGCUCCCCUUUGCCUCCUACACUGGUCAUCGAAAAAGCUUCUCCAGAGGAUGUUGAGGUGGAGGAACCUUUCCCCAAAGGCUCAGGGAUGCCAGACAACACAGGAGCUGUGAUGAGCAACUCUCUCUUGACUUAUGCUUACAUCAAAGAGCACUCGGAGAUGGCGGCGCUGCUGUUCACCUCAAGUGUUUGUGUCGGCCUGCUGCUCACACUCCUGGCUGUGUCUGUCCGAGUGACCUGCAGGGGGCGCCCACUCAGAGGCCACAGACUCACAACCAAGUCGCCCAGUCAGGUACUCAACCGCCAAACAGUGGGAGAGGACGAUGGCAACAAUGAUGAUGAAGAUGAUGAUGACGAUGAUGAUGAUGAUGAUGAAGAGGAGGAGGAGGGAACAGACAGCUCUUUACUCUCUGCCACGGACAGGAAGUCGCUGUACGGCUGGGAGGAAGUGACAUAUGUGAGUGAGGCAGCAGAGCGGGCAGAGAGGAUUGAGCGUCGAGAGAUGGUCAUCCAGGAGAUUUGGAUGAAUGCCUACCUGAAUGGCACCUCCUGUGGACUAAACUGACCCAUCGCCCAUGGGUGCUGAAUUAGCACCUUCAGGAUUUUGCAGUCGUCUCUCUGGGACUUUCCCCCCUGUGAGUAUUUGUACCCCAAGAGACAUGACUUUAAGUUGUUAAGCAGUUUGUUGUGUGUUUUGUCAUUUUUGCAGGGCUGCUCGUUUUUCUAAAAGUAAAUUGUUUUUGGCCAAAUAUCAUUACUUGUCAUUUUGAAAGGAUAACAUAUGUUUUAUGCUGUGAAAGGCUGGUCAUUGGUCAGUAUUGCAGUUGCUAAAUCAUAAUUCCUGAAGGGAGUAUGAUACCAUUUUUUUUUUCACUCACACUGACCACCAAAUGAACUUUUCUUCAUUACAAUUUUAAGUUAAGACAUUGUUUAUUGAGAAAUGAUAAAAUCACUGGUCUUUUCAUACUGAUUCAUCAUCGAGGCUUGAGUUGCCACAUUGGCUGAAUCAGUCAUGCUCUUUUGCCACUAUAAACCAAAGAACAUGGCAGGGAAUGUGACCUGUCACAAGACUGGCCUAAUUUCAUCAUGGUGGUUUGACCAAAGGGACCAUGUAACACAGUCCACUCUAUACAUUAUCAUGUAACUUUUGCCUCCUGACUUACAUCUCUCUGGGCUUGAACUCCACACUUCAAAUGUAUCUUUUUUCAUCACAGACAAGUCAGUACAUUAAUAAAGUACAACAGUUCUAAUGCUGAUCAGAGUGUAAAGUGCAAAGUGUUUCAAAGUCCAUCUCAAAAUUGUUUUCAGUCAACAAUAACUUAAUUAAGUGACAUGGCAAUGUGUUCCCUACAGCAUAGCAUUAGUGGUAGUUAAACAUUUCAGCUAUUCAUGUGACUAUGACCAGAGACCCAAGCCAUGUACGCUUUUUUCUCCUGCCCCUACUGGUCAAAAAGCCAUCUGAACAGGAUGUGAAUGAAGUGGAAUUAUCCUUAAAUUAAGUGCAGUAUGUUCAGGAUGUUUUCUACGUAGUGUUCCUUGUAAGGGGCCAAUGAAACCACCCACGCCUCUCUGAAUCACUGCAGCAGCUCCAUUGAUGUUCCACGCUAUGACUCAAAACACUUUCACCCUGAACUCUUGAGCCCCCAUUGAACACUGGGACAUUAGCUGGAGUGACGACUGGCUAUGUGGCAACUUCCUGUCUUCAGGCAGCAGCGGCUCUCGGAGGUGCGAGUGCCACUGACGGGGACAAAGAGAGGAAAGGUGUUGCAUCCUUCUCUCUCCUUGCACUCCAGGAGGCCCAAUACUGGGUUCCUGUUGAACUUUGAUUCUUACAUUUAUAACAAUGUAAUUUUCCACAUAUACACUGUGGAUAUCAAUAAGAAACACAGGACUACUUUUUUACAUGGUGU